UUCAUGUACCGAACGGUCAUAACGCAGAGAUGGCAACACUGUCAUCACCGCUACGAGUCUGUCGAGGGAUACUGAAAGAAUUACGUGCCAUACAAGGAGCGAGUUACAAACAGUCUCUGGCCUACAGCUAUGUUAUCGACCAGUUUCGUAAAAAUAAGUUAACAGGAGAAAGGUACUGCCGUGCCCAGCAGGAGGCACACCAUGCCUCUCAAACAUACCUGUGUUUGUUGGCAUCUACCAGGAACCACCUGGCCCUGCACAGCCUUUAUCAUGGCAAGGGAGAGCGCAGCCCAGAAGAAGUGGCUGGUCUAGUGGGGCUCAGGUUGCCCACUCAGCCAGGAGGUAAAGGCUGGGAGAAAUGAGGACAAGGGAAGGUGCAACAUCUUGAAUCUCUUCAAAAAUGACAUUUCUGUGGCUGAUUCAUCUGGCCUCUUAUAAUUCACCUCAUAUAAAGUAAACUCCAAAAGGAUAGAUAGAUAUUUGGCUAGAGUCUGGCAGACUGGAGACUGUGCCAUCAUGGACUGCUUUUAGGGAGUACCUGUUGUGUCAUUCUAACAAUUUUCAAGGAGAAGUGGGGCGUAUGAUUAUAAUCUAAUCUGAGUGUAUCUGAAGCAACUGUGAAAGUAUAAAUUAUGAUUACAAAUCUCUUGUUGAGCUGUAAAUAUACUGUACACUACAUCUUAUCCACACCUGCUUUUAUUUGUGUUUCCUAACUGUUGAAGCAUCUUUUGAAAACCAAAAGCCAAUAUAUAAUUUGAUUCAUCUGUCCCAUUAAAAUAUUAAUCACUGUUA